AUGACUGCUAUUGGCAGGGAGGCAGACCACAGGUGGGGCCCCGAGAUUGAGGCCCUGGUCUUACUGUUCUGGUUGGCCUGUGGUGCUGCGUACAGGGUGUUGUCAAGAUCCUUUGACAUUCUUAGGACCACCGUGCACAGGAUGGUGCAUGCCACGAGCCAGCAAGUCAUGGGCAUUUUUGGGCAGGUCGUCCGCCACCCUACCCGGGAGGAGGUUGUGGGCAUCAGCGCAGCCUUUACCCAACUGACGGGGACACAGAUCUUCUGCAGGGUGGCGGGCAGCAUAGACGGGUGCCACAUCCGCGUGAAACCCCCAAAGGCGGAUGAGGAGUGCUACAAAAACAGGAAACUGUUUCAUGAAAUUUUUCUACAGGCCGUUUGUGACCCCACUUUGAAAUAUCUGGACGUGUGCGUUGGAUUUCCGGGCUCCGUCCACGAUAUGCAGGUUCUAAGGAACAGCCCGCUGUUCCACGAGAGGCAGUACCCUCCUCCAGGGUACUACUUGAUCGGAGACGGCGGGUACGCCUGCCUGGAAAAACCGGUGGCCCUAAUGACCACCUUCCGGAUGCCGGUAAGGAAUGCCAUGGAAGCGGCGUACAAUCGGCACCUCUCCAAGGCCCGGGUCGUGGUCGAGAGGUCAUUUGGAGUACUAAAGGCAAGGUGGCGAGCAAUUUUUCAGACAACGGUGGUGGUCAGCGUUUAUUAUGCACCAGAAAUAAUAACCUUCUGUACCAUCCUUCACAACAUCGCCCUGAGCCAGGGGGACAUUUUGGAGCCCGUUGAGCCUGGGGAGGCAGAUGAGCCAGAUGAGGACCAGCCUGGGGAUGACGAGCAGGAGGACGGCGCAGAGGAGGUGGAGGCUGGUACAGUGUCUGGGGCCCAGAUGAGGUUCCGUAUGGCAGAAUCUUUCGGGCCUGCCCACCAGCAUGACCACGGUUACAUUUAA